UUGACCCGGCUCAAGUUGUGUUUAAAUGGCAGGAUUCGUGCUCAUUUCCCUGCCUGGGUCAAACACUGCAAAAGAAUCUGAGCCUGGUAUCUGCUCUGGUAGCGUGAGUAUCUGCCUUUAAAUAUCAGCAUGUUGAUUCAUGUUUUCUGGCAUUUUUAACUAAAAAAAUGAAGUUUUUGUUUGUUUUUCAACAGAUUUACCAAAUAAUCCGUCAUGGAAACCAUCGGUGAGAUCAUCCCGUUUGCUAAAGAGAUGUUAAACCAGAGGCCCAGCCGGCACACGCUGAAGAUCUACAUGCUGGGCUCCACCUUGGCGAUGCUCGGAGUGGUGGGUGGACUGGUGGAGACGGUGCUUCUGCCAUUUGUGGAGCAGGAAGAGACAUAUGAGGAGAAGAUAACUGGACUGACUUUAGAAGACAAGAAGAAGGAGAAGAAGGAGGAUGAGAAGAAGCAGACGUUGAAGCCACAUCCUCCCUUUGCUCAGGCUGGAGAUGAAGACAACCUGAAGACAGGCCGGAUGGAGGACAGGACCAAACAUCUGACGCCUCAUGAGAGCAGAGGAGCAGUGAUCCGUUUAUACUCUUGA